GUUAGGACAACCCGUGGCGCACUGAAGGGGCAUUCACUUCACUUCUCCCUCCUCUGGAAACCCUAGAUCGGCGAGGGCGACGCAGCUAGCGAUGAAGGCGAUUCGGAGCAGGCUGCGGCGGACGGGCGGAGUGUCGUGCAGGCGAGGCGGUGACCGGCGUGCCUCUACCGUCGACUACCUCGAGCUCGAGGUGGAUCUGGGGGCGGCUUAGGCGCGGCGACCAGCAGCCACCUUGGGCGACCUCGAGGUUGCAUCGGCGAGUACCCCUCCAAUUGGGAAUCCGAAUCUGGCAGGUAUUACCUUUCGUAGUUAACUGUGUGUGCUUGCAUGGUACCAGUGGGAUUUGGGAAGUGAAAUUUUUUAUAUUGUGAGAUGCCUUUUUUAUCUGGGAUUUGAUGUAAGUUGGGAGUUUUUUAUUUAGGUAUGUAGUUGAUUAGAGGUUAUUUAGGCUUACCUCUGUGCAAAAGUUUCGAUUUGGACAUGGUAUGCAUGUGUAGGUCAAUUAUAAUAUACCCUAAAUCAGUUUUAUAUGUUGUUUAGCAUGAAGGGGAUGGACGUGUUGGACACUCUCGUGGUUAGGUUUCAUAUGAAUGGGGUUUUUCUGUUAGAUGGGAGUGAGAAGAAGUAUUGCGGUGGAUCUGAGGCUUUGUCAUAUGUAGAUAGGGAUAAGAUUUCCUUGUCGGAGUUAUUUGGACACCUGAAGGAGCAUUGCAAUAUGUUGUCAGGGACAAUGCUCCACUGGUUGUUUCCUGGUAGGGAUUUGCAAACAGGUCUAAGGGCUCUUUGUGAUGAUAAGGCUUGCAAAUUGAUGUGUGAUUGUACUGGAGAAUUGGAGGUGGCAGAUAUGUAUGUUGAAGAGCCCAAAAUUGUGGAUUUGUGUGAUAAGUCUGAUGAUGAGAGUGAUUUAUGAGGUAGAGAUGGAAUUGGAAGUUGAGAGUGAAGAAGAUGGGGAAAAAGGGGAUGUACAUGUAGAUGCAUCUAAAGGGAAAGAAGUUGACAAGGGUAAAGCAAUAGCAGAGGAGGAAACUGAUAGGAGGAUAGUUUUGUACCAAUCUGAAUCAGCACCUCUAGUUAGCCAUCAACCUUUUAGCAGUGCUCCCAAAGCUAGCCAUGAACCUUCAGACAGUUCACCCAUUCCAAAUCAGCCAACAUAUGACACUGAACCCAUAGCUAACGAUCCACCUUCUGAUAGUGAUGAAGAUAGUGACUAUAUUCCAGGGGAUGAAGCUCAGUCAGAUGAUGAUGAAGAGGCUGCUGAGAUAGAGAAACAUUACAAGAAGGUCAAGAGGAAGGUGAAGGCAGGACAGCUAGAGAACCUGGAUGACUUCUUUCUAGAGAGGGGACAACCAAGUGUGCAUGGUGGUGUUGAAGAUGCAGGGAAUGAAACCCCUUAUGCAAACAGCGAUGAGGAGGACUCAGUAGAUGAGAUUGGUAGUGAUGGGGAGGUGAGGACUAAGAGAAGUAAGGAACCAAGGUACAAGAAGAGUGAAGGUGUGCCUAAGUUUGAACUAGGGAUGAAGUUCAACUGUAAGAAGCAAUUCAAGAAGGCUAUUACAAAAUAUGCUCUUGCAGAGAAGAAAGUGAUUAACUUUAUUAAGGAUGAUGGGCAAAGGGUAAGGGCCAAGUGUGAUUGGCAUAACUGUCCCUGGGUAUGUUUGCUAUCCAAAAAUUCUAGGUCCAACAGUUGGCAAAUAGUAACAUUUGAAAAUUUGCAUGCUUGUCCACCUAGGAGGGAUAGUAGGCUAGUUACCUCUGUUAGAAUAGCAGAGAAGUAUGGAAACUUCAUAGCUGCUAAUCCUUCUUGGCUACUUGCUCACAUGAAAGCUAUUGUACAAGAGGAAAUGUUUGCAGAUGCUUCUGUGGCUAAGUUGAAGAGAGCAAAAUGGCUUGUGCAAAAGAAAAAGUUUGAGGCUACUAAGGGGCAAUACCAGCAGUUGUAUAGGUAUCAACUAGAGCUUCUUAGAAGCAACCCUGGUAGCACUGUGGUUAUCAACAGAGAGAUUGGCAUGGUUCCACCAGUCUUUAAGAGAAUCUACAUAUGCUUGGAUGCAUUGAAGAAAGGUUUCAUAGCUGGCUGUAGGAAAGUUGUGGGACUGGAUGGAUGUUUUUUCAAGAGGGCAACCAAUGGAGAGCUGCUGUGUGCAAUGGGCAGAGAUGCUAACAACCAAAUGUACCCUAUUGCUUGGGCAGUGGUUGCCAAAGAAAACAAUGAGGAAUGAGAUUGGUUUCUUGAUUUGCUUUGUGGGGACUUGAAAGUGGGGACAGGGGCAAGCUGGGUAUUCAUUUCAGAUCAGCAGAAGAUAAUAUCAUUACAAACUGCUUUUUUCACUUGUAAAUUUCCAUCACAUGUCACUGAACCUUUAUUUUUUGUAUUUCCAUACAGGGUAUCCUAAAUGCUGUUGAGAAGUGGGCACUGGAGGCUAGGGGUGGAAACGAGCCGAGCCAAGCCUUAGCUCGGCUCGGCUUGCAAUGGCUCGCAACAAGCUAGGCUUGGCUUGGCUCCUCUCGGUUAGGGAAACGAGCUAAAACAUGAGCUCGGCUUGGCUCGUUUCUUGGCUCGAGCCAGCUCGAGCUAGCUUGCAAGCCUUCCGUUGAAGCUAUAUAAUUUGUAAUCAUUAAGAAAAGCAAUAACAAAUCAUCAACAUGUAAAAUUAAAAUAACUUUAUAUAUUCAAUUCAUCAAGAUCUAGACGAUAAAUUACAUAUUAACAAAUAAUAACUCCACUACAAAAUAAAAUCAUCCAUAUAAAUAUAUGAUGGCCUAGGCUCACGAGCCAGCUCGGGCUUGGCUUGUUUUAGAAACGAGCUGAAAAGGAGGCUUGGGCUUGGCUCGUUUGGCAUUCAAGCCGAGCCGAGCUAAGCGAGCUCGAGCCAAGCCUGAGCUGAGCUCACGAGCCCGAGCUUUUUUUCCACCCCUACCUGAGGCUGAGCACAGGAACUGUGCUAGGCACAUUUAUGCCAAUUGGAAGAGGCAUUUUCCUGACAAGCAAUUCCAGAAAAAGUUCUGGAGGUGUGCAAAGGCUCCCUGCAGGAUGUUAUUCAAUCUUGCUAGGGCAAAACUUGCUCAGGUGACUCAAGCUGGAGCUCAAGCCAUACUGAACACACACCCUGAGCAUUGGAGUAGAGCCUGGUUCAGGUUAGGUUCUAACUGUGACUCAGUAAACAAUAACAUGUGUGAAUCUUUCAACAAAUGGAUUUUAGAAUCUAGAUUCUAUCCAAUCAUCACAAUGCUUGAGACUAUUAGGAGAAAGGUCAUGGUUAGGAUUAGUGAUCAGAAAUCAAAUGGUGCAAAGUGGACAAAUGUUGUAUGCCAGGGAUUGAGAAAAAACUAAAUGUUUACAUAGCUGAGUCAGCCUUUUGCCAUGCAAUUUGCAAUGGAGGUGAUAAUUUUGAGGUUAAUCACCAUGACCAUAGGUUUACAAUACAUUUGGACAAAAAGGAAUGCUCUUGUAGGUAUUGGCAGCUGUCAGGACUACCAUGCCCUCAUGCAAUAUCUUGCAUUUACUAUAGAACCAACAAGCUAGAUGAGUACAUAGCACCUUGUUACUAUGUGGAUGAUUUCAGAAGCACACAUGUGCACUGCCUUCAGCCAGUAGAGGGAAUGAGUGCUUGGCCGGAGGAUGAUAGAGAAGCACUCAAUGCUCCUGGAUACAUAAAGAUGCCAGGAAGGCCAAGAACUAAAAGGAGGAGGGAGAUGCAUGAACCACCCAAGCCUACCAAAAUGUCCAAGUAUGGUACUGUCAUUAGAUGCACUAGCUGCAAGCAAAUUGGGCACAACAAAUCUACCUGUGCAAAGCAUCAUGGUGCAAGUUCUAGCAACCUAGGCAGUUCUGAGUAGCUUCCAUCACCAAGUCAACAGAUGGUGUUAUCAAACACACCAGGCAGUUCUGCUCAAAGCAGGAAGAGGAAAGCUGUCAGCCUUACUACAACAAGCACCACAGAACAUUCCAAGAGCAACCAAUCAAAGAGCAAGGCAGCAAUGGAUAGCCAGGAAGUGGUCAGGGUUGCUGCAAAGGCCAAGGUUUCAACAGCUCAGGGUGGAUCUGCUAGAGUAGAUCUUCAAGCAAUAGUUCCCCAUUCAAACAGCUCUACUACUGCGUCUGUGAGGCUCACAUCUGGCAAGGCAACUGUCACUGUCUCAGCUCAAGAGCCUACAAAAAACAAGCCAAAGAAGAGAGCUGGAGGAUUACUUAUUCUUCUGCCCUGGGAAGCAAAGAAGCUUUGAAUGUGCCAUUGUCAGUAAUGUUAGUGCAAUAUUUGAACUUCUUUUGUGAUGUAAUGGCAGACUAUUUAGCCAAGUAAUCUGUGAUGCCAAAAUGUUUGGCUAUGUGAUCUCUAUGAUGCCAUGCUAUUUGGCUCUCUUAUCAGUGAUGUAAGACAAAUUAUUUAUGUUGUCAUGCCAGACUGUUAGGCUAGCUAUGUCACUUAUUAUGUGUAUUUGAAUGUCAGACAAUGAAUGUUUGCUUAUCUGUUACUGCUGGAAGCCAAAUAUGGAGUCACAUUUUGCAUUGUCAUGAGGUUUGCUGCAGAAAUUGGCAGGUUUCAUACACUGUUUGUAUUUGUUUCAUUUCCUGCUGACAUGGACAUUUGCUGCAGAAAUUGACAUGU